GAGCUUUGUCAGUAACAGUUGAUUGCUACAUUCAGUAACACUGAAUGUCAGUGCAGUCCAAUUUACAGGCUGGAGCAGCAGCUGCAUCCUGCAUUUCUCUGAAGUAUUGCAUGAUUUUCACUCCUUGAAAAGUUUACCACCUUUGUUGCAGAGAAUCGGAAAUCAAUAUGCAUAGCAAAGUCACAAUCAUAUGCAUCCGAUUUCUCUUUUGGUUUCUUUUGCUCUGCAUGCUUAUUGGAAAGUCACAUACUGAAGAUGACAUCGUAAUUGCAACAAAGAAUGGAAAAGUCAGAGGGAUGAACUUAACAGUUCUUGGUGGCACGGUAACAGCCUUUCUUGGAAUUCCCUAUGCACAGCCACCUCUUGGUAGACUUCGAUUCAAAAAGCCACAGUCUCUGACCAAGUGGUCUGAUAUUUGGAAUGCCACAAAAUAUGCAAAUUCUUGCUAUCAGAACAUAGAUCAAAGUUUUCCAGGCUUCCAUGGAUCAGAGAUGUGGAACCCAAACACUGACCUCAGUGAAGACUGUUUAUAUCUAAAUGUAUGGAUUCCGGCACCUAAACCAAAAAAUGCUACUGUAAUGAUAUGGAUUUAUGGUGGUGGUUUUCAGAGUGGAACAUCAUCUUUACAUGUUUAUGAUGGCAAGUUUCUGGCUCGAGUUGAAAGAGUUAUUGUAGUGUCAAUGAACUAUAGGGUGGGUGCCCUUGGAUUCUUAGCUUUGCCAGGAAAUCCUGAGGCUCCAGGGAACAUGGGUUUAUUUGAUCAACAGUUGGCUCUUCAGUGGGUUCAAAAAAAUAUAGCAGCCUUUGGUGGAAAUCCUAAAAGUGUAACUCUCUUUGGAGAAAGUGCAGGAGCAGCUUCAGUUAGCCUGCAUUUGCUUUCUCCUGGAAGCCAUUCAUUGUUCACCAGAGCCAUUCUACAAAGUGGAUCCUCUAAUGCUCCUUGGGCAGUAACAUCUCUUUAUGAAGCUAGGAACAGAACAUUGACCUUGGCUAAAUUGACUGGUUGCUCUAGAGAUAAUGAGACUGAAAUAGUCAAGUGCCUUAGAAAUAAAGAUCCCCACGAAAUUCUUCUGAAUGAAGCAUUUGUUGUCCCCUACGGGACUCUCUUGUCAGUAAACUUCGGUCCAACCAUGGAUGGUGAUUUUCUCACUGACAUGCCAGACAUAUUACUUGAACUUGGACAAUUUAAAAAAACCCAGAUCUUGGUGGGUGUUAAUAAAGAUGAAGGGACAGCUUUUUUAGUCUAUGGUGCUCCUGGCUUCAGCAAAGAUAACGAUAGUAUCAUAACUAGAAACGAAUUUCAGGAAGGUUUAAAAAUAUUUUUUCCAGGCGUGAGUGAGUUUGGAAAGGAAUCCAUCCUUUUUCAUUACACAGACUGGGUAGAUGAUCAGAGACCUGAAAACUACCGUGAGGCGUUGGAUGAUGUUGUUGGGGAUUAUAAUAUCAUAUGCCCUGCCUUGGAGUUCACCAAGAAGUUCUCAGAAUGGGGAAAUAAUGCCUUUUUCUACUAUUUUGAACACCGAUCCUCCAAACUUCCGUGGCCAGAAUGGAUGGGAGUGAUGCAUGGCUAUGAAAUUGAAUUUGUCUUUGGUUUACCUCUGGAAAGAAGAGUUAAUUACACAAAAGCUGAGGAAAUUUUGAGUAGAUCCAUAGUGAAACGGUGGGCAAAUUUUGCAAAAUAUGGAGGAAAGAAGACAGAAUGAUCUUCCAGACCAUGAAAGCUUUGUUCAUCCAUCAUACCAACAGUGUACUAAAGAUCUUAGAGAUCUUUUGUCUGGCAACUCUUUGACCUUUCAGCUGAUGAAUAACUGAAGAUGUGCAAUACAAAGAAAUUACUAGAAGAGAACUAUGCACUGGGAAUCAGUUUGUUUUCAUGACUCUAUCCAACUACUUUAGUGAAGUAUUUAGGAGAGUGGGUUAAGUACACAAGCCUCUUUUAAAUACUUAUUAAGAUUAAAAUGUUCUCAUAAUAUAUAAAAAUGUGCUUUAAGUGGGCACUUGAUUCCCAGUUAGAAAUUUAGGAUUAAAAAAACACAGUACAUCUCAGCAACGGCGAAAAUUUUGAUUUGGAUUAAAAUCAAAUCUACAUGAAGAUUUUGAUUUGGAUUAAAAAGAGAAACAUAUUUCUGUGCGCUUAAGGCUUUUUUUACUCCUUUUUAUUUCCUGAACAGAACAGAGCUUAACAAUACUGAUUGACAACAUGAACAAGACUCUUCAUUAGGACCUAGUAAUAAAACAAAUGAUUAGAGUAAGGUAGGACUCCUGAUACCAGAAAUCACUCAAGAAGUCUCACCUUAUAUGCAGGGUUGAGUUUUGCAUUUUUGUUUAUAUGUUUUUAUUUCCCCUUAAAACAAAAUGUUUCUUUCUUUCUUACGAGGCAUCCGCUUUGAUAACACAUGCCAAGCUAUAUUAUAUCAUAAUUGGUCUUUGCUUAUUUCUAGUGAUGAAGCCUCAUCCCAUAUUUUUGCGUGAACUACAGCUGUUAAUUUUUCUUAAAGUUUGAAAAUUAUGUGCAGCUGAUAUGUCAUCUUCC